AAAUGUUGUCUUUUUUUGGUUAUCGUAGAGCUGACGAAAAAUCAGACAAGGUGCCACGUGUACAUUCGGUGGGGGAGACAAAUUAAUUGGUUGGGGGACUUUUUUGUCCUACGAUUUCCCAGAAACCUCGUCGGCGAAAUUCAAACAAAUCAAAAGUCUUAAAUUUAAGGAUAAUCCAAAAUAUUCGUUUGUUGAAUAUUUUUGCAUCAGUUUGUUUUGCAUUGGGCUCUUAAACCAAUUCUAUCACUCAGAAUUAUUGUUUUGUAAUAAUCGUGAGAAGAAACUUUAGGGUUUCACUGUUUCAGAGUUUUGAUUGGUGAAUUAUAAAAGAUGCAGCAAUCUCCACAGAUGAUUCCGAUGGUUCUUCCUUCAUUUCCGCCCACCAAUAAUAUCACCACCGAACAGAUCCAAAAGUAUCUUGAUGAGAACAAGAAGCUGAUAAUGGCGAUCUUGGAAAAUCAGAACCUCGGUAAACUUGCAGAAUGUGCUCAGUAUCAAGCUCUUCUCCAGAAGAAUUUGAUGUAUCUCGCUGCAAUUGCGGAUGCUCAACCUCAGCCACCAGCAGCUACACUAACAUCAGGAGCCAUGACUCCCCAAGCAAUGGCUCCUAAUCCGUCAUCAAUGCAGCCACCACCAAGCUACUUCAUGCAGCAACAUCAAGCUGUGGGAAUGGCUCAACAAAUACCUCCUGGGAUUUUCCCUCCUAGAGGUCCAUUGCAAUUUGGUAGCCCGCAUCAGUUUCUGGAUCCGCAGCAACAGUUACAUCAACAAGCUAUGCAAGGGCACAUGGGGAUUAGACCAAUGGGUUUGAAUAAUAACAACGGACUGCAACAUCAAAUGCACCACCAUGAAACUGCUCUUGCCGCAAACAAUGCGGGUCCUAACGAUGCUAGUGGAGGAGGUAAACCGGAUGGGACCAAUAUGAGCCAGAGUGGAGCUGAUGGGCAAGGUGGCUCAGCCGCUAGACAUGGCGGUGGUGAUGCAAAAACUGAAGGAAAAUGAAAUAGAGGAAGAAUAAGUGAUGCUUCUUGUUGAUAUCAAUUAGGUUCUACCUUUCAUUUUUACUUUCUUCACGAUGAUAUAAAAAAAAGGUUUUGUCAUUUUAUGAGUUAGUCUCUGUUAAAAGGGUUCUGAGACAGUUGAGUUUCAGUUCCUAGAUGGAUGUGGAAUGGUUCACAUUCACAUGUACAAUGUUAAAUGUUGUUGUAUGGUAUUAGUGUCACCGGUUCAAUUUGGUGUAUGAACCGGGUUUAGAAUCACGUUUACCUGAUAGUUUGCCUCCAGGUUUGUGUGAUAAUUAAUUCCAAGGCUUGAGAUGAAAAGUAACAGUUUUAAAAAUGUUUACAGAAUCAGCGAUAACAAAAUUCCAAACCAAACAAACCAAUAAUGUCUUAGAAGUUUUUCUUUUUGG